CAGUACUGAAACCCUACAGUACAGUACAGUUCCAGCAAUGGCGAAACCCAUAGUCAACGCUCUUCUUCUGUUCUUCUUCAUCAUCUCCCUUUCAUGGCGGCAAAUCGACGGCCAGCAAAAAACCUGGCAAGAUGCUUUUAAGGUGUUAGGAAUCUCAUGGAACAAAGACGGCACCUCUUUGAACCGGACCAUCCAGAUUCCGAUGGUUGACCCGACUCCGUACGACGACGGCACCACCACACCCGCCCCGAUUGCACUCUCGCAGGACAUCCAGCUCACCGCCUCCUCCAAAGCCUACGUCCGCCUCUACAUUCCGACGAACCCACCGAAGAACAAGAAGCUCCCCUUGAUCAUCUACUUCCACGGCGGCGACUUCGUCCUCUUCAGCGCCACCACCGUCAUCUUCCACAACUUCUGCAACGACAUCGCAUCCCAGCUCCCCGCCGUCGUCGUCUCCGUCGAGUACCGCCUCGCCCCGGAGAACCGCCUCCCCGCCGCCUACGAGGACGCCGUCAACGCCUUAAUCUGGGUCAAGAACCAGUCCCUCGAGAUCGGCGGCCGUGACCCGUGGCUGGAGUACGCCGACUUCAAAAACGUCCACCUCCUCGGCAGCAGCGCCGGCGCCAACAUCGCCUACAACGCCGCCCUCCGGGCGUUCGAUCUCAACCUCCACCCUCUCCAGAUCAAAGGCCUCCUCCUGAACCAGGCCUUCUUCGGCGGCGUGCAGAGGACCCAGUCGGAGCUCCGGCUGAAGGACGACCCGUACGUUGCUCUGUACGUGAACGACGUGCUCUGGACACUAGCCCUCCCGAAAAACGCGGGCCGGAACCACGAGUACUGCAACCCGGUUAUAUUCCAAAAGUGUAUGGGUCGGAUCUACGAUCUGCCGAAGGUGUACGUAAAAGGCGACUACGGCGACCCGUUAGUUGACCGGUCGGUUCAGUUGGUCCAGUUCUUGAAGAAGUGUAAUGUGAAGGUUUAUUCCCGGUUCAAGCAAGGCGGGUUUCAUGGGAUUGAGCUGCAGAACAAGGCGGAGGCGCAGCUGCUGUAUAAUGACAUCAAGUGGUUCGUCAACGAUGUACCCGCCGCCGCCGGAAUUCGGGAGAAGAUGCCGGUUGGGGUUUCUUAUUCCGGCCAUGCUUCCGAGUGAUGAUGAUGACGUAAUCUAAUUUGUUCUUUUUUUUUUUGUUCUUUCCUUUUUUAGAAUAUGGAUAAGGUUGUACGCGGUGCAGUUUUGUUUGUACUUUGCUAUCUUGAGGGAAACCAAGAUAUUAUCAAUAAAUUAAUUAGUUGAAG